AGUGCUUUAUGGGGGCCGACCCUGCACUCAAAACAUAACCCCAUUUUCACAUGAUCUUCAUCAUUGUUACUACCCAUCAACAUUAUGUCUUGAAUUAUAUCUAUUAUCUAUCUCCUCGGCUUCUUCUUCUUGUCAUCUUCUGCACUUUUUUGUUUGUUUGUUUCGGUUUCCCAUGGUUUCCUGGUUUUGCUGCAACUUCAUCCAUGGCUGCCUUGCCAAAUCAGUUUUCAAAGGUUUUGAGAGAUUGUUGGGUCCAUCUUCAUCGGAGAAUAAAGCAAAAAGCAGUAAUAAUGAAGCUUUUCCCAAAUGCCUGCCUCUAAAGCAUAUCACAAUCUGGCUCCUACUGCUUUUCGUUGCAACCACUUACUCAUCCAAGGAACCUGAUAUUGAGGGAAAUGCUUUGAUCGAGUUUCUCAAGGUUCUCAAUGAUUCCAAUGGUCGAAUAACUGAUUGGAAUGAUAAUCUUGUCAGUCCCUGCUUUAGCUGGUCUCAUGUUACCUGUAGGAAUGGGAAUGUCAUAUCCUUGAACUUGGCUUCAAAUGGAUUUUCAGGAACUCUUUCGCCUUCAAUUAAGAAAUUAAAGUUUCUUGUUAACUUGGAAUUACAGAACAACAAUCUAUCUGGUUUGUUGCCAGAUUUCCUUGGUGAGAUGGCGCACUUAGAAAUUCUGAAUCUUGCAAAUAAUAAAUUCAGUGGUUCUAUUCCGGAAAAUUGGGGUCAAUUAUCCAAUUUAAAAAACCUGGAUCUUUCAUCCAACAACUUAACUGGAAGAGUUCCAAGGAAUUUAUUCUUAGUUCCAAGAAUCAACUUCAAUGGAACACACCUUGCUUGUGGCUCUAGCUUGGAACAACCUUGUGUUUCAACUUCUACAUUCCCUGUUUCAACCAGUAGGUCCAAAAUUAGAAUUGUCGUAACCUCUGCAAGUUGUGGUGCUCUUAUACUUCUAUCACUUGGGGCUUUCUUCGUGUCCCGGUAUUAUCAAGCACACAAAUUUAAGCGUGAUGUUUUUGUUGAUGUCAUAGGUGAAGAUGACCUCAAAAUUUCCUUUGGCCAGAUAAGGCGAUUUUCAUGGCGUGAAAUCCAACUUGCCACUGAUAAUUUCAAUGAGGGCAACAUAAUUGGUCAAGGAGGGUUUGGAAGAGUUUAUAAAGGUGUCCUCUCUGAUAACACAAAGGUUGCUGUGAAACGCCUUGCAGAUUAUUAUAGUCCUGGUGGUGAAGCUGCAUUCCAGAGGGAAGUCCAGCUCAUUAGUGUUGCUGUUCAUAAGAAUCUUCUACGCCUAAUUGGGUUCUGCACAACCUCUUCCGAAAGAAUCCUUGUUUAUCCUUUCAUGCAAAAUUUAAGUGUGGCAUAUCAACUAAGAGAUUUAAAACCUGGAAGCAAGGGCUUGGACUGGCCAAUGCGGAAACGUAUAGCUUUCGGAGCAGCCCACGGUUUGGAGUAUCUACAUGAGCAUUGCAAUCCUAAGAUAAUACACCGUGAUUUAAAAGCUGCAAACAUCCUUUUAGAUGACAAUUUUGAGGCUGUUCUUGGAGAUUUCGGGUUAGCAAAGCUUGUUGAUACCAAGUUGACUCAUGUUACCACUCAAGUACGAGGUACCAUGGGUCAUAUUGCUCCAGAAUAUUUGUCCACAGGAAAAUCUUCUGAAAAGACAGAUGUCUUUGGGUAUGGUAUAAUGCUUCUGGAACUCGUUACCGGCCAGCGUGCCGUAGAUUUUGCUCGUUUAGAAGAGGAAGAGGAUGUUCUUCUACUUGAUCAUAUUAAAAAGCUGCUGAGAGAAAACAGGGUUGAUGACAUCGUUGACGGGAACUUAAAGAUUUACGAUGCAAAAGAAGUCGAGACAAUCGUACGGGUCGCACUGCUUUGCACUCAGAGCUCACCCGAAGACCGACCGACGAUGGCAGAAGUGGUGAAAAUGCUUGAUGGAGUGGGUUUGGCAGUGAGAUGGGCAGAAUGGGAGGAGCUUGAACAAGUGAGGAACCAAGAAUUCAUGCGGUUCUCACACCAGUUCACUUGGGGUGAGGAUUCAACUGUGGACCAAGAAGCUAUACAAUUGUCCAGAGCCAGGUAAUCCCAUACAUAAAUCAAGUUUUCAGGGCAAUCACAGAUUUUGUACAUUUGAUGUCACAAACCUUAGCAGCUUCUAAAAUCUAUGCUUGUCUAAUUACGUUGCUACAUUUACUGCCUGUAAAGUGGUAUGGUAUGGUAUGGUAUGGUAUGUAAAAUGCAAGUAACUAACUUCUCUACUUCAGAGUACAAA